AUGGCGCUGGUUCCGCUGGGGUACCUCUUCCUCCGGGAGCACGGCCCCCGGCUGCUGGGGCGCAUUGCCCGGCUCUGGGACCCGCCCUGUGCCCUGCCGGUGCCAGGGGAUGCCGGCAUGCCGGUGCCCACCUGCCUGCAGCACCCUGCCCUGAGCCCGGUGCCGGAGCCCGGCCGCGCUAUGGAGGAGCCGGCCGGCGACGGGGCCGAGCCAUGGGCUGAGGGGCUGCGCAACAGCAACAACAACGCUUCCCCCGGGGGGUGGCCGGGUGCCCGCGGCGGGCACCCCCUGGCACCUUUCGGUGGCCCCGGGGCCGAGCCCAGCUACCUGGGGCGGGUGGUGCUGGAGAUCGUGGAGUCGGAGCGCACCUACGCCCGCGACCUGCGCAGCAUCGUGGAGGGUUACCUGGGCAAGAUCAUCGAUGCGGAGGAGCCGGUGCUGCGGCCGGAGCAGGUCAGCGCGCUUUUCGGCAACAUCGAGGACAUCUACGAGCUCAGCAGGGCAAAGCCGCAGGCUCGGUUCCCCCGCGAGUGCCAGGAGCGGCUGCGGCACGCGCUGCCCCUCGGUGCCUACCUGCUCAAGCCUGUCCAGAGGAUCCUCAAGUACCACCUGCUGCUCCAGGAGAUCGCCAAGCACUUUGAGCACAAGUCGGGGGACGACUACGAGGUGGUGCUGGAGGCCAUCGACACCAUGACCUGCGUCGCCUGGUACAUCAACGACAUGAAGCGCAAGCAUGAACACGCCAUCCGCCAGCAGGAGAUCCAGUCACUGCUGCUGGGCUGGAAGGGGCCGGACCUGACCAGCUACGGGGAGCUGGUGCUGGAGGGCACCUUCCGGGUGCAGCGGGUGCGCCACGAGCGCGCUGUCUUCCUCUUCGACAAGACCCUCCUCAUCACCAAACGUCGCGGUGAUCACUACGUCUACAAGAGCCACAUCCCGUGUUCCUCGCUGAUGCUGAUCGAGAGCACGAGGGACUCACUUUGCUUCAGCCUGGCUCACUACAAACACGGCAAGCAGCAGCACAGCCUGCAGGCCAAAAGCGUGGAGGAGAAGCGCCUGUGGACUCACCACAUCAAGCGGCUGAUCCUGGAGAACCACCAUGCCAUCAUCCCCCAGAAGGCUAAAGAAGCCAUCCUGGAGAUGGACUUGUUCUACCCCCCGCGCCUGCCCCGCUGCAGCCCCGAGCACCUGAAGAAGAGCUGGUCCUGCCAGCCCCUGGGUGACACCGCCGCCGAGCUGCGCCAGGGCCGCCGGCAGUCCGAGCCCUUCGAGCACCGGGACCGCACGGAGACGCUGCCAGACCAGCUGCACGGGCACAUGGGGCGCAGGCAGUCGGGUGCGGACGCCGGGCUCAAGCGCUCACCCCCGAGUAGCACGCUGGCAGCGACGGGGCUCUCCUGGAGAUGGGGGAGCCCCCCCAGCACCCCAGAGCCUGGACAGCGGCUGAGGACGUGGUGGAGGAGGAAGAAGAGGAAGAGGAAGAGGAGGAGGAGGCUUUGGGCCGGCAGCACCGCGGAGCACCCCGUGGGGCUGGGGGCACCCGAAGCCCCGUCCUCAGCGGGGACCCCGGUGCCGGUGCUGCCUGGCGGGGAGGGGGAGCAGGAGCGCGCUGCAGAGGAUUUGCAGGGGCUGAGCAGUGAGGAGGAGGAGGAGGAAGAAGAAGAUGGAGCCGCUGAUAGCAUCCUGCCACCCUCGAUCCGCUCGCCCACCACCCGGGAGAAGAUCUGCUUGAAGGCGGUGGUGGAGCGCUGCAAAGCUUACCAAGCCUCCGAGGAGUACCGGCGACGCUGCCCUGAGCCCCCCGACACACCCGAGCCCCCUCGCCACGGCCUCGUCAGGAACCUGCGGCAGAAAUUUCAGACCCUUGAUACUGCCAGCUAG